AGCUUCUCUGGUUGAGCGACCAUGGCGGCGGUUUGAGCGCUCCCGCCUCCGCCUGUCGCCAUCUCCAGAGGUGACGUCGCACCUUCGUGUAUACGACACGAGCGACGCGACGGUUGCGUCACAUCCGGGGGUGUGUGCCGGGGCCCGACCAGUGAGCUGCGCCGGGAGCGCGAUCGAAGCGCGGACCCUUCAAUAGCAGAGCGAGCCGGGAGCCGCGCCGCCGACACGCCCUCUAUUUCUGGAGUGCGGGACACGCGUGCUGCUGCCGUCCCCCCCGUCGGCCAAACCCGGGCGAGCAUCAGCCGACGUCCUCCCUCCCUCCUCUUCUUCCUCGUCGACACGGCUGCCGGCUUCGCUUCUCCGCUAGCAGCCCCGAUCUGCAUGCAACCCUGACGUGGCUGAUCCGCGGACGCCGAAUCUUGGCCGCAAACGCUGUCCUCGCCCAACCUGACCUUUUAGACACCCGAAGAGUCGGCAACGCGACACCUCUGCAUCGGGACCAAGAUGACAAUCAAGGAGAACUUGAUAACCAUGGUGAAGUACGUAUCACCGAACCUGCGGCUACUCCCUCUCAAGAUGCACAUGUUCCUAUACUUCGGCGCGGUGGUGGGUGUGAUGCCCUUCACGACCGUGCUGGCCAAGCAGCUGGGCAUAUCCGCCGCGCUGGCCGGACUGGUCAACACGACCCUGCUGUUUCUGUCUAUUCUCAUGCGGUUCGCCAUCGGCUCGCUCACGGACAAGGUGCAGCAGCUCAAGGUCGUCCUCAUCGCCAUCAUCAGCGUGGAGAGCUUCUUCCACUUCCUGCUCAUAUUCGUGCCGCCCAUCAAGCCGAGCACGAUCGAUAUCGGCGUCCCAGCGCCCGAGAGCGUCUUCCAGAACGACACCAGGCUCCUCUGUUUCUCCCACACGUACAUCGACGACUGCCAGCCGCACAGUCCCGAGCCGUGCCACAUGCGCUGCCUGUACUCGGCGGCUAACGAGAACAGCGGAAACGGCACGCGAGACAUCGCGUUUCCCUUCAACUGCAGCCUCAUGUGCCACCAGACGCAGUGGUGCCUGCCGGCGGACGAACUGGCCGGCGACACCAACGGCUCAGCCUUCCUGGAGGCCGCCGAGAAGAUGUGCACGGUGAACUGCCUGUCGGCCGCGCAGCCAAACACGAUAAGCACGCCCACCUUCUGGAUGUUCGCUGUCUUUCGCGUGCUGGGCGGCACCGCGUUUGGCGUCGGAAUCUCGCUGGCCGACGCCGCGGCGUACGCCAUGCUGCGCGACCGCAAGGAGGACUACGGUAAGCAACGGCUCUGGGGCACCAUCGGCUGGGGCGCGCUGGCGCCGCUCAUCGGCUACCUCAACGAAAUGGCCACGGGUGGCUCGCCCUACAUCGACUAUAGCCCCGGCUUCUACAUGCUAGCCGCGUUCACACUCAUGGACGUGGUCAGCCUGUGCUUUCUGGACGUUCCCCGCUCCGCGACGUCCAAGCAGCUGCUCAAGGACCUAAGCGAGGUGCUGGUGAAUCCGCGCGCGCUAUUUUUCACCUUCUCGGUGCUCAACAUGGGCUUCCUCAUGGGCUUCGUCUGGAGCUACGGGCUCUGGUACCUCCAGGACUUGGGCGCCACGCCCACCCUGAUGGGCGCCAACCUGGCGGCGCAGUGCUUCGGCGGAGAGGUGCCCGUGCUCUUUUUCUCGGGCUGGAUCAUCAAGCGCAUCGGCUAUGGCAAUGCGGUCAGCCUGUCCAUCGCGGGUCUAAGCUUGCGGCUGGCCGUGUACAGCUUCGGCACCGACCCCUGGUCCAUGCUGCCCGUCGAGGUGACGCACGGCCUGUGUUUUGGCCUGUUCUACGCCGCCAUGACCUCGUACGCGAGCACAGCGGCGCCGCCCGGCACGGAGGCCACCAUGCAGGGAAUCCUGGGAGGCACUUUCGAAGGGCUCGGCAUAGCCAGCGGCACGCUUGUUGCUGGCCAUCUCUAUACCGAGGUCGGCGGCCGGCAGACCUGUUACAUCUAUUUCAUCUACAGUAUCGUCUUCCUGGUAUUCCACGUUGCGAUCGAGAUGAUCUUCUGCAUCAGGGAGGCCAGACGAGCAUCGGUGCUGAGCGGCUCUCAGCAAUCGCAACCGGCACCGGAACCGGACCAGGACUCCGCGCUGGCGAUGAAUGGUCCCCGGUCGGAUGACUCACGCAGUUUCAAGGACGAAGAAGAGGAGGACGAGGUCGUUUGAAAGGCCUCGCUACGGGACGCUGCUCAGUGUGUCGGCCCUGUACAGUCGGUCACGAACGUUUAACAAGGCGUCACACCCUUACGACGCCUGUGCGAGAGGGAUCUUCUCGCCUUCUGAAGGCACCUUCUCCCACAGUGCAGGGCGGGCGGGCCGUGCGAGGCACGGCCUGGCGCGCGACCUUUAUGUCGCCAUUGACGGCAAAGUGUUGUCGGUGGCUGGGCACAUACAAUAAUCCUGCAUAUUGUUGCGCGUCGUUUCGUAUGUUUUAGUAUUACCGCAUUUCAAUAUAAAGCGUAUGAUCCUUACUGGAAACUUUUAUAUAUUUUUGGUUGGGCACGACUGCGUUGACUGUGCACUGCCGAAUAUGUACGCGCAGGCUUUGUUCUAAUGCAGAAUUGAAAUGAGUUCAAGAAAUGACGUGAUGUAAUCUGCUUUGCUUGCUUGUUGUCCUGCUGGGAAUCGCGAUCUUAAAGUGUAAACGUAAUACUUCGUACCUACCGAGUCGGAGCUUAUUUCUCCUGCAUCACAUUUUUGUUACAAAUUGGCCAGAUUGGUAACAAAACCGAGUGAAGCUUGGUAACGAGGUAGCUAUAUCGGCAACGUCAACGCGCCAUUUGCCAUUACUCAAAUGCUUUCGCAGCUUUAUGGAAACUAGGACGUCCGAGGAAUGAUAAUGUGAAUAUUGAUCACGUAAUGUCUUGAGAAAGCUGAUUAUGAAUAAUGAGGAGUCUUAAGCAAAGCAUUUUAUUGUUUCCACCGAUAACUGUUCUUAAUUUUUAUUGUGUUUUAUACUAGCCACUAUUCUGUAGAUCUCACUGCUAGGUAAUUUAGCGCGUUCAGCAGAGGCAUGUACCUGCGGUUAAUGCUGUAAUACAACCCGAUUUUAAGCAAAGUACACGGCAGACUAUCUGUGAUCCUCUUGUCUCGCGUUAUAGAGUGUGUCUCUGAGUCACUUAAUUCGAUGCGUGUUCCUGUUGGAUGAACGCAGAUUUAGCAUUUGUGAUGCAUGGUAAGCAUUUCUAGUGGACUUUUAUGCCGGAAGGCAUGCUGACUUUUUCUCAUUCUAAGCACACUGUAAAGAAACGAAGCGGACUGCUUAUCUAAUGCACUAUACUGUUAACUGCUUUUUAUGAUUGUUCUGAACUGAGAAAACGGUGUACGCGCGACCUUCUUCAGCUGUCAACCUUACACUAAGCGCGAAUUAAGAGUUUUCUGAUGAUGACCUGGUUGGCGCUCUUUGACCAACCCUGUCCCUGCGCUAUUAAAGCACAUCAUCAUCAGACUUUCCUUCUAAGCAGUCAUAAUGGUCAAUUAUUCAUCAGUAUUAUUUCUCGUCAUCCCAGAUUGCCAAGCACAGUGAGGACUCACUAUAGUAUGACUUCAUUAUUUGUAUAGUAUAACUAUAUUUUUGAGCAUUACGGCUGCUUAACGUCUGCGUACGUUAGUCUGUACAAAGCAAGCAACUGCAGUAAAAUACUCCUUACAUAAAUUUCAAGGGACCCUAAGGCAGUGUUCGCCUAGAGUUUAUGCAAAAAGCGAACACGUAUAUGCAUUCUAUUCAAAUAUGUUGUAAUCCUUGUUUGUUUAAACAGAGUUCAUUUGACGUUCGAUCAGAUAUCAUACUUUCCUACAUUAUUAAAUAUUUUUCCUUAUUUUUAAGGCUCUCAAUCCUUGUAGCGGAGCUUUCAUUCGGGGUUGUCAUCGAGGCGCAUUACUAAGAGCGUGAACGAUGGUGCAAAACAGAAUCGGGUUUUCAGCCAAAUCGUGCAACGUAAAUAUCGACUAUAGCAGGUAAUACUCACCUGGGUAUCAUCUGCUUGUCGUUGCUAUACAUAGCGCCACAGCAAUCUCCACUCCAGACAAUCUGUCACAUUGCAAGCAUAUCGCAUCGCGGUUCGUUGUCAUAUAGCUGCGAAUUCGAGACGCUCAAAUUUAUGUGGUUGUGAACUGCUCUAACAUUGUUUCUGGGCGUGCACUCACUAACACUUUCGUCACCGCGAGAGCGCAGCAGUUGCUGCCUAAUCGAAGCCCGCUUUAUUAUUCUUAUUUACACUUCCUUUUUAUUGCUGGGAUUUACAUUUUACAGUUGCGCGUAAACAGAAAAAAUGUUAACGAAACACUCUUAACCGUGUGUCUGUGUGCCUGUGUGCAACUUAGCGCGUGUAUGAGUGUGCGUUGUGAUCACGGUGUUGUCGAGGCAUGAGAUGAGUAGAUUGUAAUAUAUACUUCGCACAACAUAGUGUUUUUAAUACUUUUCGCAUUGCAAAGCCUCGCUUACUUCCACAAUAGCGUCAAAGUACAAGUAUAGCGUGCUUUUACUCGACGUGGCUAACGUUCCUGGGGUCAAGCAAGCUUGUGAUAACCACGCUCCUACUACCACUGUGUGUACCAUUCCUUUUCCCCUUUAAAUGCUGUAGCUCCGUUCUUUUCGAACUGUUGAGACGAACAAAGGAAGAUAUGCAUGUAUAGUUUUGCCUUGCCUAGAAUGCAGUGAGGGUUGGCAGCAAUUUUUAUACGAUACUAGCCCAGCGUUAGUUUCCACGAGACACAUCGGCAUGGCCACUGAAUGUGUGGUAAUGGUGUGCUGAACUUGUUAGCCACCGCCCAAUGCGGACGUUUCGCCCUUCCCUUAGCAAAUGUGCAGCCUUCAUACCGAUAUCCUGACCACUGUGGAGGCCCUUAGAUAGUCCAUGCGAUUUUUACUGCUUGAUUAGAAUUUUGUCUUGAGAGAUCCAAGGCUCAAUCUGGCGACAGUGGGCACUGCAAAGUGUUUGUCAGCCCAUGCUUCUUACACAUGGAGAUGUUUAGUGAAAUAUACCACAUUGUGAAAGUAAGGGGCUGAAUGCGUUUCACAUCUUAAGGUCCUGAACUUCACGCGUUUCUCUCGCUCGAAUAUGGCAGUUACGCAGGAACAUCGAGGAAAUAUGCAGGUUUCGCUGAGAGUAGCUGCGUAUAGGGUUAUAUAAGACCCGCAGACGCCAAUGACUGAGGCGAUUUGAAAUCAUGAACUUGUAAAUACAGGCUUAUAGUUACAGCGGACCCUGAAUCAGGGGUGCAUUGCGCAUACAUUGCGCAAGUCGCUUAUGUGCCAUUCACCUGACUUCUGCGCAUGCGCUCAGGUUGAGACCAUGUAUGAGGUGUCCUGGUAUAAAUUUAACGCUAAGAAUACCAUAAUGUAAUAUAACGUUCUUAACAACGUCAAUGUCGUUUUAGAACGCAACCACUAUGAACUGCUUAUCGUGUUAAGCACGCUGCCCAAGGGUAUUCUUUUUGCGGGCCGAGUCGCGUCACCAUUGUAAUGAUGCAAUUAUCACGUGACCCGUUCAAAAGACGAGACUUCUCUUCCGUUCUUGACGUUUUCGAUCUAUUCCACACUUCUUAUUCUCUUCCUCUACCGCACUGCGAAAUAGCGUAAGAGAGAAAGAAUCUCGCUCGCUUAAGGCGUCGUGCAUGGGGUACUAGCGGGGAGCCACAGUAUGAAUGGAGCCGCGCCUUUCUUGGAGCGGACAGGCUGGUGUAAUUGCAGGUAUAUUUAAUUAAUUAGUGCAUUCUUACGCAGGCUUGAUUCCUCAUCACAAUUUGUUCUCCUACAGCACGCCACAGAGUGUGUGUGUCUGUGGUAUUUUUCCGGCAUCUCCUAUGACUGUCACAAGGGCGCGCCACUCCUGCUUCCCAGCCGUACGCUGCCUAAGCGCGCUGCAAUUGCUCAAUUGACAUCUAGAAACGGCAAUUGCGGGAGUGGUGCAGUGUUGGCGUUAGCUAUAAGUGGUUGAAUAUUGAACUUAUUCCCAAUGAGCAUGUCUUUUUAUGAGCAUGCCUGACAAUAUGUUCGUUCUCUGCAAGAAAAGAAAUUAAUGCGUCUGCUGUGUAGUUCUAAGUUCGUAAGGGCACGCCUUGUUUGUAGUUUUCGUGUGGAUAUGCACAGAAAUGAUCUCGAAAGGUGUUCGACCAUAUUGCAACUUUCCUUGCCCAAUGUAUAUGGUAGCUGGCUGCUAAGCGUUGGGAUUGCGCACUGCGCGCUGCCGAGUGAAAUACACGUGCCUGCGGUUUGCCUACGUACUUCAUGGACCAGUAGAGCGACUGUGUCGUUUGUAGAAGGUACCUUUUGGAGACGCGCGUGGUCACGAAGUCUUGCGGCGAACUCUUCGCCCGAAAGUGUUUGUACACAAUAAACUUUCGUUUUUU